UUAUUUGUUUACGUCCCAUUCUUUCCUCCUUUAUCAAGUUUCAAAGCUCUUCAAUUAUCGGAUGCAAUUUUUCUCCUGUAAUUUACUCCGACUUCAAUCGUUGAAAAAUCGGUAGGAUCUUCAUUCCUGUAUUUGCAAGUCCUCUCACAAUGAAGUUCAAACGUGGACAUGUUUGUUCUCCAAUUUAGAAGUAAUACUCUCAGAAUCCGUCUCUGGAAGGGUGACGGUUAACAUUUACAAAGAAUUCUAGUGUCUGAACUUAUCACAAGUUAGAAAAUGGCUCCUAACAGACUUCAUACCAAGACGUCGAGGAUCAUUGCACUCUGUUCAAUGGCAAAUUUCAUCAACGCAGCGGAUAGGGUCAUCAUGCCGAUAGCUAUUAUUCCCAUGAAAAGUGAAUUUAAUUGGAGCCUACACUGGCAAGGAUGGAUCCUUUCUGCUUUUGCGUUUGGAUAUUUCUCUAGUCAGCUUCUGCACCUACCAUCUCUUCAAAAUGAUAAACAGGUGCUUGGAGCAUGUGCAGCCAACAGAUUUGGAGCUAAAAGUGUCUUGCUAUUUGCUGUUUUUCUCUGGUCAUUUUCCAACAUGAUGACUCCAAUCCUAGCUCCGUCUCUCCCAGCCUUAAUACUAACUCGAGUGUUGCUUGGUCUGGGCGAAGGUCUAGGAUUGCCAACAAUUUUCCACAUCUUUGCUAACAAUGUUCCAAUUGAAGAAAGGUCCAGAGCAUUUGGUUACCUUGCUGCUGCUGGAUCAGUUGGUCAGACUUUUGCCUCAGUGGUCUGUCCACAUUUACCAUGGCCUAUAAUGUUCUACUUAUUUGGCUCUUUGGGCAUGGUCUGGGUCCUCAUUUGGCUGAUUCUCUAUUCAGAAUACAGAGAUUCAACUGUUGACGAACUUCCACUUAUUCAACCGAAGGUUACCAAUCACAAUAUUCGCUGGGUUGAGUUCCUCUGUCAUUGGCCUCUUUGGGCUAUAUACGUAGCUCAUUUUGCAAUGAACUGGUCAAAUUACAUAAUCAUGCAGUGGCUUCCUACAUAUCUAUCCAGUCAUUUAGGCGCUAAUAAAGAAAGUAUCAGCUUGACUGCUGCUCCCUACGUAUUCAAUUCUCUUGUUGGAGUUGUGGCGGGGCACUAUGCUGAUAUUUUAAUUACUCAACGAUGGUCUGUUCUCUCUGUGAGACGACUGAUGAGUAGUAUAGGUCUCAUUGGGCCUGGUGUGUUCCUAUUAAUGUUCUGUGCUGUAGAUAAUUUAUUAGCAGCUGUUAUCUUAGUAUCAAUAUCAAUGGGUCUUUGCGCUUGCAAUUCAGCUGGUCAUCUCAGCAAUCAUGCAGACAUAGCGCCUAACCAUGCUGGAGCAACGUUUGCUGUCUCUAAUUCUUUAGCAACAUUACCUGGCAUACUUUGCGGCCCUGUGACUGCAGAAUUAGUCAUAGCAUCCGGCAAUAGAUGGUUUCCAGUAUUCGUGCUCGCAGCAACUCUCAAUUUUACUGGUGCUAUUAUUUAUGUCAGUCAAAGUUCCGCAUCUCAGAUACUGUAGUCUCAAGCUUUCCUGAUCUCAAGAGGAUGAAUGUUUUCAAAAUUGGAAGUCAAUUCUUAGCUGAUGUUUUGUUCUCUUAUCAGGAGCUGUUCAGUGUAAUUUAUUGUUAAGUUUAAGAGUCUAUCGUAUGUUUUCUGUUUUGAAAUAAUUUGCUACAAAAUAGCAACAAACUAUUUCGAGAGGAUGUUGCUCUCAAGUCAUGAACAUAAAUUGUACAAAUCUAAAUUCCUUUUAUCAAUCUCUCAGUCCUGGUACUUAGCGAUGAUGAAAAUAAGGACACCUCUCAAUGAAAAAUUUGAGAUUAAAAAUUACCUACUCUCAGGAGCGGACUGGGACUGAAAAAGUAACCGGGAAUAUUUGCCUCUCAGUGCGUGGACUGACCCAUUUUAGUUUUUUUUUUUGCUGUAUAAGGAGAUAAUCUGGUCCAAAACCAUCCUAAAUAUCGAUCGGCCCACCAGGAUUUUUCCCGGUUUUCCCGCCCGCCUGUUCAUCACUGUUUACCCCACUAGGGUAAAUUACAAUUUCAAUCAGGAGCUCGUCUGGAAAAUUAGUUUUUUGAUUGAUCCAUCACUGAAAAAGUGACUCUUUGUUAGCAUCCUCAUCAAUGCCUUUAACUAUGUAUCAAUAGCAUAAAGAAUUAUGUCAUUGGGACAGCUUAUGAGAAAGUAAUAUGAUAAGAAAAUUCUUUCAUGUUGGUUGUUAAAAGAUUUCAAAAAAUCUUGAGUAGUACCUUGAGAGUGGCUCUCAAUUUUUCAAUUUCAUUUGUUUGAUUUUUAAGAAUAACCUCCCACUUUGAGUAAGAUUUAAUAAGUUAAUUGUUGCAGAGGCCUUUGGCGUAUGAUUUUACCAAAUAUAAAUGUUUAUUAUUCAUGUUUCAACUCUUGUGAUACUUAGAUUAGUUUUCGAAUGAACAUGUUGUGUCCAGCCCCUGCAGUUUGUUAAACGCUCUCACUUUGACGAAGUGACUAUCUUCUCUCCAGAUUUUCAUGUAUAAAUACCUAGCAUAUGUUUCUCCUUGGGUCUUAGCAGAAAGGAUCAUUUAAAAUAACUAAGUUCCAUCCCUAUUCUCUGCGGUGAGUUAGCAUUUUCACCAUAAUUUCGGAAGUAUUUUGAGGAAACUGCAGAACUGCUGUUACUGCAGUCUGGCUAGCUACAGUUUUUUUCCUAAUUCUUUUCGGAUGUAGUCGGAGUUACACAAAGUUAUAUUUGUUAGGAAAAUACUAAUUCAUUUGUGAAUUAAUUAGUAAAUGUUUCCCAUAGUAUUUCAAUGGAUCAUAAGACAAACCUAUACGAGACAUGUUUUCUCAUCAAAAUUUCACAUAGAAAAUAUUGAAUAUAUUGAAAAAUUCCUCCUUUAACUCAUAAGUGAAAAGUUAAUGUUCGUAGUUUAUAUUGGGAAGGGGAAAUUCAAACUUUCAGCUCAUAAAAAAACCAUGAUCCACGUAGGUCAAAUCAGCCCUCAAAACAACCUAUACAUUUAAAAAAAAAAAUAACUGGAGCUUUAGUGUCUUAGGCAUUUCCUUCCUCCUCUAAUAAAAGGCUCCUCUAAUCUUAUCAGAAGAAAGUCAGCUCAAAAGAAGAUUCUUCCAUCUAAAAAUAUACCAAAAGUAGUGUAGUGUUCGAUUUAACUCCAGUAGACCGUGGUUUUUUGUGAAUGGGAAGUGUGAAUUGAUUUACCACAAAAACGGUACUUUCUGACUUCUUUGUUUAAGUUGCUAAAUUUUAAUAUGCCUGUCAUAUUGUAUGUAAAAUUUCGACCAGGAAACAUAUAUUUUGUUGCUUAAUUUUGCACCCUGUUUAGUUGUCCAUUAUUUUGGAAGGAUGACUUCCUGGAUGUAAAUAAUAUUAAAAGCACCCCGGAGAAAAUUGAAAAAUUUUCUGAUCUCAGAGAUGACAGAUUGAAUCAAGCCUGUUUGUCAGGUGAUUAUUUGCUCUCUUGUAUUCCAUUGUGGCUCGAUGUGUUUUCACUUUAUUUGGCACCCAGAGCUCGAAAUUGUAAAUAGACGUAGUCACUAAAUUAGUCUAUUCAACCGGAACCGCACCGACUUCCGAGUUAUACCUGCAGUCUCGGGGAACCAUCAAUCAUCCCUUGAAGUCGCCAUCUUGGUAGCUUUGAGAGACCUGCUGAGCUAUUUGGCACGGAGUAACCAUAAUACCUCAGUGUAAUAUAUUAUCAUAAAACCUGAAUAUAAAAAUUUCUGCAGAAUAUUUGCCUCUUGCACGUAGAUCCUGACAGAACUAGGGAUAGAAAUUUCUAAGAAAGUUAUACAUAGGAAGAGGAAUAUACUUAAUGAUUCGGGGAAACUUUCCAAGGUAGGCUCCUGUUUAUUCCUCCAAGUGUGAGUGAUUGCUGCAUGUGUGUGUUUGUAUUUUUACAUUUCUCGGUAACAAUUACGAACGAUGUACCAGGAACGCUCUAAUCUCAAUCACUAGAUACUUCCUAUGUACGACUCACGAUUGAAUCAUACCAGUAAUUCUUUUCACUGAUGGAUGUUCAUUCAGCUGGUUAAGGACCAUGAUUUCAAAAUGAUGAUUUCAACUCUUCCUCCAUUAAUCAUUCAAAUACAAGCAUCCAAUCAAAAUACUUACCACUAAUGUUGUCUCAAAUUUUUUAAAAAUUCUGGCAGCUUUAGCUCAAUUGCAAAUUUCAAAGAUUUUUUCUUUAACAGGGUAGUAAAAUAAUUAAUAUUUUUUAUUUUUAAGGAACGGACAGUUGCACAUCUUCUAAGUUUUAGAGUUGCACUUUGAUUUUGCCUAGAAGAAAAUUGGUAACGUGAGCUAUAUGAAAACUUUCGGAUCAUAAAUUUCUUCUGCUCGCUAAAUACAAUCAUAUCUUGUCAAAAUGUCUCCCAAAAUAACAUUCUUCUGGAAACAAAGUUAAUUUUUGUAAGUCCUGGUCAGCCAUUUUUCAUUAUAGCAUGUCUGGAAAUGAAAUCGUCCGGAAACAACGUUUACUUUCAAUUCCCCUUAAAAAACAUCAUAAUGAGGUAUGACUAUAGUCAUUUUUUAUUAAAAAGGCUAUGAGGCUGACCAUUAAUACCGGCCAAACUUCCCCAGCGCAAAACCCUUCCUUUGCCAUUGAAGACUCAGGAGAUAUUUAAUGCCAAGUCCACAACUUUACACACGCAAACUUGUAUUGUAGUACUAAUACUAAUACUAACUCUGAGUGAGCUUAUGCGCACAAGAUAACCUUGCUUUUUACCUUGUUGAACUAGUUUUAACAACUGCUUAGCUUACAAAACCACUUCGGCCAAAGUUUAAGGCUAGUUUAUCAAUACAGAUGAAGCUCAAAACAAAAUAUGGUCAUUAUAUUAAAACUUGUCGCAGUUGUAAUAUAAAGCACUGUUGCAGUUUUAUAAAAACUUGAAAUUUCCUUUACCCACUUACAAUUGUUUAGGCGGAUCCUCCGCCAGCCCUCAUCAUGAUUUUUGUCACGACCACUAUGUGACGUAUUUUGGUCACGAAGAGAACUCUGAAGAGGAUGCGAGGAGGACCUCCCAAAACAAUAUACAUAGCCUUAAAAAGAUAGAGGAUUUUUUUUUAUUGUUUUUUAAACUGCGACAGUUAAAGUAUUUUACUCUAUAAUUUCUCUGUUGCAUAUUAAAUCUUCGUGGCAUCGAAGCAUCAAGUGCUGCCUUUAUGAGUCAAAGCUUGCGUCAAGUGUUACUUUAGUGUAUCACUGACAUAAUCUGAACGUAAAAAACAAAUUGACAAUUAUUUAGCAGAGUUUGUUGAGCUUAUACUUCUUUAAAAGAAUAAUGCGACCUGAAUGCUGGGGAUCGUCUGGCAGGUAAAAUGUUCUCUUUUUGAAAAUGCUGUUCUUCAUUAUCUUUAGUCGUGUCUGCAUUGUUCUUAUGUAGUCUCAGCAUGAGCGAUCGCUCAUGCUGAGGCUACGUGAUUAUUCAUCUGAAAGAUGAUUAACCGCAUUUGAAACAUUUAUGGCUUUGCAAAUGGACCUCUUUUGCAUGAAUGUAUUCAAUUGAUAUUCUCAGUAUUUUUUUAAAAUUAUUUACUAGUAAGCAGAUGAACUUCUUUCCUCAAAGUCAACUCUUGUUGUUAGUGCAUUGUCAAAUAAAGAAUCACUUUAAAAAUGAUUUAAGUUGUGUUGAUUAAAAUUGUACAUAUGUUUUGUAUAUUAAAGUUUUUAGUUUGGCAUUAA